AGCAUACUUGCGCCUCACCAACACAUUGAUCAUGGCUGCGGAAAGCGACUUCAUCACCGCUUGCGAGACCGGCAACGUCGAAGCGGUUACCAAAAUCCUCGAAAACGAAGUCGUAUCGGAUGACCAACUGCAGAAAGGCCUGUCCAGCGCUGCUUGGAGUAGUCGCCCUGCUGUGGCCGACAUCUUGCUUUCCAAAGGCGCAAAGGUUGACCGGUCGAGCUUCGUGGGAAGUGUCACCCGCGGCGAUCCGACCAUGUUCGAACUCUUCAUCAAGUACGGCUUUGACAUCAACUCGACCGAGUUUGAAGAUGGUACAGCACUUCGAAUGUCUGUUGGCAAGGAGAACCUCAUGCGCUGGCUCCUCGCGCAUGGUGCGGACCCCAACGUUGCUCAUGAUCAGGCCCCCUCGCCCCUCGUCUCAGCUGUGGUCGCCAAGGAAGGUGGUGAUGCCAUGCGUCUCCUUUUAGAGCACGGCGCAGCGUUAGAGCCCAACAUCCUUCAUUGUGUCAUCGGGUCCAGAGAACGGAACAAGAUGUCAGAUAUCAGAGAAAGGGUGCAACAACUGGUCCGGGCCGGGGCCGACAUCAACCACAUUGAUCCCAAAAGAAAGGGAACACCACUGCACUGUGCCGCAUGGCACUACAGAGGCGACAUUGUGGAAGCGCUUAUUGAGUUAGGAGCAGAUCCCAACGUCGUCUUCAACGGCCGUACGGCAGCGGAUGUGGCCAAAGACAAGAGUCAGGAGCACAAGGCUUACCUGACGAUUUACGACUUUCUGAAAACCAAGACGAAGGUUACUCCGGGGGAGUAAGAUACCUAGAAUACGUCUCUUCAAGAUCAUGUAUAAGAGAUCUAGCCGCUUUCCAGUUCUUCUCUCCAGUCAGGCUUCACCCUUCACACUCAUCACUGCCCUUAGUACAAUCCCAACUUCUCAGUCUUUACGCACCUGGAUAUAACCUGU